AAGCGCCGCGGCCCUGACUUCCGGAAGGUGGACGGAACCUGCGGACGGGGCGCGCCCGCGUGGCGCACGCAGAGCCACUUCCGGGCGCGGCGCCGGCUUGCUGCCACUGAAGAGCCCCGCCAUGGAGGACACGCCGUUGGUGAUAUCGAAACAGAAGACGGAGGUGGUGUGCGGGGUCCCCACCCAGGUGGUGUGCACAGCCUUCAGCAGUCACAUCCUGGUGGUGGUGACCCAGUUCGGGAAGAUGGGCACCCUGGUCUCCCUGGAGCCCAGCAGCGUGGCCAGUGACGUCAGCAAGCCUGUGCUCACCACAAAAGUCCUUCUGGGGCAGGAUGAGCCUCUCAUCCAUGUCUUUGCAAAGAACCUGGUAGCGUUUGUGUCUCAAGAAGCUGGAAACAGAGCAGUCCUCCUCGCCGUGGCCGUGAAGGACAAAAGCAUGGAGGGGCUGAAGGCACUGAGGGAGGUGAUCCGGGUGUGCCAGGUGUGGUGACCUGGAGGCAGCCACCCCGCGCUGCUCAGCAGGAUAUGUGAGGACCCAGACACCUACUCAGGGACUCAAGUCUCGCCUCCCUCCCCGGUGGAGAGAGGAACUUUGGCACUAGCCCUUGGAGCCAGGAAAAAAUAUUCACAUCUCAGGCAGACUCUUACUCUGGUUACUAAGAUCAUCUGUGCAUGACAGGGAGGGUGGAACGGGUCCCGGAGGAGUCGUGAAUGGCUCUCACCAGGAUCUGAAGUGUUGCUUGUGUUUGAGAAUUGGAGGAAUGAGUCAGCAGGCGUGGCUCAUGGCCCCCCGUGUGCAGGAUCAAUUGUAGGAGGAAAGUUUUUUUUUAUUAAAAGCGAAUGUGUAUCCCAAAA